UUCCUUUUUUCCAUCUCGCGAGAAGUGUUAUUCUUUUGGUUAGGGUGCGCAGUGUAGGGGCUAAAGUUUGAGAGCUCAUAAAACAGUUUUAAGAAGAAGACAUGCCUGUAAAACUAACACAAGGGGCAGUUAAAGCCCUCUACAAUGGAACCCCAGUGCACAAUCCAGUGCUACAAUUAAUGAACAUCCGUAGGCUCACUACCUCAGAUUCACCUAGGUACCGUCUUGCAAUGAGUGAUGGUCAGCAUUUCCUGUCUGCGUUCCUGCUGGCUACCCAGUUAAACCAUCUAGCAGAAGACGACCUUCUUGUCCCCAAUUGUGUUUGCUUGUUAAAGAGGACCACCACCAACACUUUGUCAGAUGGCCGGCAGGUAGUGGUUGUUGUCGAAAUGGAGGUUUUGAAAUCAGCUGAGGAAACUGGUGGAAAGAUUGGAAAUCCUAAACCAUAUUCAACAGAUGGUAAGCAGGCCUCUCCACAUAUGGUGUCGUCAAACACCUCUGAACCAGCUUCCACUUCAGCUGCUGAAUUACCUGGACCCUCCGGCACAAAUAGCAACAACAGCAGAGGCUGGGGGAAAAAAUUUACAGGAAAAGCCCCCAUGACUGCAUCACCUAUGAAGACUUGUCCCAUGGAAGAGUCACCCAUGAAGACCUCCCCUAUGAAAGGGUCACCCAUGAAGACCUCCCCCAUGAAAGGGUCACCCAUGAAGACAUCCCCCAUGAAAGGGUCACCCAUGAAGGUCUCUCCCAUAAAGGCCACUACCAGUUCACCUAGUGCUAUCCCAAAAGUGAUCCCCAUUUCUAACCUCAAUCCAUACAUUAGCAAGUGGACCAUCAGAGCCAGAGUCACAAACAAAUCCAAUAUCCGUAACUGGAGUAAUUCCAGAGGAGAGGGAAAGCUCUUCUCCUUUGAGAUAGUAGAUGAGAGUGGUGAAAUCAAGAUUACAGCCUUCAACAACGAAGUGGACAAGUUUUUCUCUCUAGUGGAGCAAGGCAAGGUGUACUACAUCUCAAAGGCUACUCUAAAGAUAGCCAACAAACAGUACACCACUCUGAAGAACGACUAUGAGAUGACCCUUCAUGCUCAUUCAUCUAUUGUGCCUUGUGAGGACACCCACGAUAUCCCAUCAAUGCAGUGUGACUUUGUGCCUAUUGGAGACUUGGAAAACAGAGACAAAGAUGCCAUUAUUGAUAUAAUUGGAGUGUGCAAGAGUGCAGAGGAUGUAUCCCGUAUCACCACAAAGAACAGCAGAGAAGUCUCCAAGAGGGCCAUCAACCUAAUAGACACCACCGGUAAAGUGGUGACAGUCACUCUGUGGGGGGAGGAGGCGGAGAAGUUUGACGGCUCAGGACAGCCUGUUGUUGCCAUCAAAGGAGCUCGCUUGUCUGAUUUUGGAGGCAGAUCUCUCUCAGCUUUGUUCAGUUCAACAGUCAUGGUCAACCCAGAUUUACCCGAAGCCUUCAGACUUAGGGUCUGGUAUGACAAGGAAGGUUAUGCAGUCGACAGCCAGUCAUUAACAGAAACCAUGUCAGUCAGCAUUGGACCAAAGAUGAACUGGAAAACGCUGAGCGAUGUUAAGAAUGAAAACAUGGGACACGGCGAGAAGGCGGAGUAUUUCAGCUGUGUGGCGACAGUAGUGUACAUGCGUAAAGAGAAUUGCUUGUAUCAGGCAUGUCCAUCUGCAGACUGCAACAAGAAGGUGAUAGACCAACAGAACGGUUUUUACCGCUGCGAAAAGUGUAACAGAGAGUUCCCUAGCUUCAAAUAUAGACUCCUACUUUCGGCUAACUUGGCAGACUUCGGGGAUAACCAGUGGGUGACAUGCUUCCAGGAGACAGCUGAGGUUCUGCUGGGUCGCAAGGCAGAGGAGCUGGGACAGCUCAGAGAAACAGACGAGGCUGAGUUCGAUGAAGUCUUCCAGAAAGCCAACUUCAAAACACACAUCUUUAAAAACCGAGUCAAAUUCGAGACGUAUAACGAUGAGAGUCGGGUGAAAGUCACCGUGAUGGAGGUGCUUCCUGUCGACCACAGAGAAUACAGCAGGAGACUGAUCAGUAACAUCCAGAAAUUGGCUUGCUGAUCUUGGUCGCCAUCAUCGAAACGGCUGCCUGAUAAUUAGACGCACCUUCACCUGGUUUCUGAUUGGACUGGGCUGUGACUGGUGUUUAAUUGUUAUUAUGAAAAAUCAUAAUAACAAUUAAAAAGACUAAUAGGAUGAUGUUGUUGUUUAACAGGCUCAGAUGUUGACCCUCAAAAAAGAAAGCGUUUUGUAGCAUUUUUUAUGUCAGGGGUUUUGGUUUUAAAGAAAUUUAAUUUGUGCAAUUUGUUCUUUUCCCUGUUACCCUCUGUGCCACUCUUCUAUACAGUUCAGUGUCUUUUCCUGUUGAAUGUUUCAAACUGCGUUUAAAGUAUGUUUAUGUGAGAAAAGCAAGUCUUAAAAUGUUCUCAGUUUUUUUUUUAACUGCAUGAAAGUUUCUCUUUAUUUUGUGUUCCAUGCCUCCUUUUAAACAUUCAGUUUACUCGUUUAGUCUUGUUUGCCUCUGAAUGUCAAACUUAGAAAAAAGGUGAUUAAAACCACUUAAAGCAA